UGCAACAAAGUGUAAAAUAAUUCUUGUAAAGAUUUAUAGUUUAAAGCGUGGUUUUGUUUUUUAAAGUUGAGAAAAUUAAAAGUGCUAAUUUAUUCUACAAAAUCAUUUUUAUGCAAUGAGUACCUUUAACCAAAUAUUUCUGAUAACUGGUGGAUCAAGAGGUCUGGGAAAAGGGUUUGCUUCGGCUAUUGUUCAACGUGGUGGUAAAGUUAUAAUUAUAGAUAUUCUAAAAGAAGUUGGCGAAGCAACUGAAAAAGAGUUGAAUGAAGCGCAUCCAGGUCAAUGUCUUUUCUAUGAGGGAGAUGUUACCGACGAACUGCUAAUGAGAAACAUAUGGGAGGAUAGUGAAAAAAAACUAGACGGAAAAAUAAGUGUAUUGGUAAACAAUGCUGGAAUUUAUAACGCUGCUGACUGGAGAAAAACAAUGAAUAUUAAUUUAAUUUCAGUUAUGCAAAUGAGUUAUAUAGCAUUGGAAAAAAUGAAUAUUAAGAAUGGCGGCAGUGGUGGUACUAUUAUCAACGUUGCCUCUGUUGCCGGUUUGGCGUAUGCUAAAUUUCAUGAAGCAAUACCUUACUCUGUUUCCAAAUCUGCUGUUGUAUCCUUCACAAAGUCUUUGGCUUGCUCCAACGUGCUGGAAAAUUACGGUGUCAAAGUUGCUGCAUUGUGUCCAUCAUUUUCUGAUACUCAAAUAGUUAAAGACAGUGCGUUAGCCGAAUACAUAAUAAAAUCUUUAAACAUUGUUCCCUUAACUGUAGAAAAUGUAGCGAACGAUUUUAUCAUAUUACUGGAAGAUAUAUACAAUGAAAAAGCGAAAAAUGGCGAAAUAAUGUAUGUAUGCUCAAAAUCCCGAUAUGUGGACGUAAACAAAUUUGAUUUACAUGAGUUAAUAUUACCAGAAAGUAAAUAAUCAAAAAAAGAAAGUCUUAUAUUUAAAAAAAGGAAUUUUUACAUAAAAUACUACCGAUUUUUGUGAAAUUUUUCUUCAUUUAAAAAAUAAAGAGUAAACAAAAAUAAUUCUUGAAAGACAUUAGAUGUUUUAUUUGUCCAUUAAUCUGAACUGGGAGCCUCCAUUGUAGUUUUCGUAAUUGUAUAUCAGCGACCGUCAGUAUCACGAUCUCUUGCAUUUGAAAAUUUUGAUAAUUCUUUUUCAACAUCUUCAUUAUUUUAUUGACUUGUAUUUGGGUUUCACAGCAUAGUAAAAAAAUUCUUACUCAAAAAAAUUUAACAAAACAAUAGUGGUUUAAACGAUUUCUUUUCCUUCUGCCUUGUCAAAUUGAAUUGGCGAGCAAGCUAACCAACUACUAACUGGCAUUGCUCUCAUGUCGAAAUUUCGUAGAUCCUCGCCACCAAUGUCUAAUAUAUGUUUUGCCUAAAAGAAAUGACGUGUAAUGAAAAGACAAUCGUCACUCUUAAUCAUGUAAAGUCAUGUUUGAUCACACUUCCUUUAAACAAGUCACUCUUACUCAAUAACGUUAUAACGUUAAAUUUACACAUUUUGAGAAACAAUUUAAGUAAAGUUUAAUAAAAUUUAACAAUUUAAAAUCUUUUAAUAAAUGAUGCGACUCAGGAA